AGUUUUAAUUCUGCUGUGAGUGCGUAUGGAAGUUUCUCAUCAAUUGAGAAUAUUUUUCUGAGUUCAAUUGAAUAUUGUUACAUUCAAACCAAACCCAGAUUUGGGAGUAAAUUUUGAAUGAUCAAAGUCAAUAGCUUCCUAGUUUUUCUAUUGAAUAAAAACAUAGAAGGACAAUACAAAAACAGUUUCCAAAAAUAGUGUCAUGUUUUUCAACGUAUCGAAAAAAAAAUUCCGAUCAGUAUUUUUGAUAAUCGAAUCAAACAGACAUUUACGAUUGAACUGAAAGGUGAACAUUAAAUCAUUAUUAUUUUUUUCGAAUACAUAUUAUAAUAUAACUAUAUCGGCAAGAGGUUGGAUAAUUACAAAUUACAAAUUUUUUUCGCUGUGCUUAAAUGAACAAUCAGUAAAAAUAUUGAAAGUGACAGUAAAAACGAAAAGAAAUUUAACCGCUUCAGAGUGACAUUAAUUCAUUUUUUUUUGUGGUGGAAAGCUGUUUCAUAUUUUGACCGGCAUUUACUGUGCAAUUGACCUUUUAAGGAUAUUGACCACCAGACGGUUAAACGUCAAGGUAGUUGAAGAUUCACUGUGCGGGUACAUGAUAACAGAAAAUAUUUCACAAAAUUUUCGUCUAUUUCAUCGAGUUUAAUGUUGAGCUAUAACCAGAUUAUCAAAAUCAGCAAGAUGUUUAUCGAUGGUGAUGACCUGUCUCCGGACAAAAAUAUGUUCGAUCAUAUAGAACUUGACGAUGAUCAUUGGAAUUACACAUUACUGAAUUGUCCUCCAACCGAAUUUAUCUACAGUAACAGCGAUAUUGAUUUCACAAAAUAUUACGAUUCGCCGCUAUCACCGAAAAGUCAAAUCCGACACCAUGACUGUAUGUGGUCCGGCCGAUGUACAACACAUCCCGAGAAACUUCAAUGCAACAAUGUUGUGAAAACAAAGCCUGAACAGAUCGUUAAAAAGGCAACACAACAAAAUGACACACAGCAGCAGCAACAAUCACAAUCACAGCAAACACAACAAACGAUACAGACGAAAAAGAUUCAACAGGAAUCGAUACCAGCUGGACAGUCAUUAUUAAUUAAUUCACGACUAAAUCAACCAAAACCAGCCAUCAUCAAAGUACCGUCUGUAUCGACAAACGACUUCUUAAAAGAUCGUGAAUACAUUGCAAGACCGGACACGCCGUUAAGUUUAGACGAUGAUCCGCCCGAGUUUAAACACACCACAGACGUGUCUGCAUGCACAAUGGGCUCGAACCGAAUGAGUCUUGUGUCCGACAAUGAAACACCAACCGAAAUAAUCAAUUUAUUGAAAGAGCAUUUAGAAGAUACCAGCCUGCAAGUGAAAAACAGUAAAUUACAUUCACUAAUGCCGGGCGGCAAAGCAGAUUCGCUGAGCGAUUUUCUGAAAGAUAUAAAAACAUUGUCCGACUACGAAGAUUUGGACGGAGACGAUAGUAUGGAAGAGAAUGAAAGUGAUUCGGAUUCGAAUGGUGGCAAUGCAGCGUCCGGUGUUUCUAGUUACGAUUACAGUCAAACAACACAUAGUGAUCACAGUUACACAAGAAGUAAAAAUCGCGUCGAUGUUAUCGGACUGGGCGUACAAACUCCAUCUGAUUCUGAAGAGGAAAUCGACGUAGUGUCUGUUGGUGAAAAGGCGUUGCCCACAAAUCCAACAGCAAAAGAUCGACGUGCACUGCAAACAACAGUGGCCCACAAAAUAUCCAAUCGUAUUGUAAAGACAUCAUCCGGCGUCCGAACGAUACCACCGCGACGUCGCUAUUCGGUGGAAUCGGAAAAUUCGGCAACUACAACACCCAGCAAAUCAUUUGCAUCGCUAAGUCAUUCAUUUGUUAAAUAUGGCAAUGCUGACACAAGCUCGGCAUCGACAAACCGAAAGCGUCAACUCGCCAGCCGUGAUGAUCGUACGGCAAACAAUAAACGCUAUCGCGGCAAAAAGCAACAUCAUCAUCAACAACAACAGCAACAGCUUCAACAACAGCCGGCACAGCAUCGAUCGCCAGUAAAACGUUCCACAUCCGAUACGGACGAAACAGAGACAAUUGAGAAGCGCAAUUUGCAUAACAAUAUGGAACGACAGCGGCGAAUCGGUUUGAAAAAUCUGUUCGAAGAAUUGAAGCGACAAAUACCAAAUUUAAAGGAUAAAGAUCGUGCGCCGAAAGUAAGUAUAUUACGUGAAGCGGCUAACCUGUGUCGACGAUUCAACAAAGAGGAAGAGGAGAAAAUUGCGCUGCGGAAAAUUCAAGCGAAAUUGUACAAUCGGGUUAGUGUACUUCGCACGUCCUUGGCUGCACAAAGAUCUCGAUAUUUGGAUUAAAUUUACUGUUUUCAAUUUAAUUUUUUUUUAUUAUUAUUAUUAUUUUAGUUUAAUUCAUUGAAAAAAAAUAUCUUCUCUCUGUUUUGUUUUCCUUUUUCCCUUGUUCGCUCUGAUUUGAAAAAUGAAAAAAAAAAAAUGUAAAAAGAACUUAUAAUACGGCCGAGCGUGAUUUUGUUAUAGAAUGGCUUUAGAUUAUAAACGGUUUAGCAGUUAAUGAUAAUUUUUUCUUUCUACUUUUGAAUUUAAUGCAUUUCUUUUCUUCUUAUUUUAAUAAAAAAUUAAAGUUAGUUUAAGAGCGACUAAGAACCGUCAUAUUGAUAAUUGAUUGGUAUCGGUGUCAAAUAACAUAUGUUUUUUCAGCGUAAUCAAAUUAUUUAAUGAAAUAUUUUUGCUUUUGAAGCACUAUAAAUAUAUAUAAAAAUUUAAAAAAAAAAUUGAAAAAGUAUAUUUAGUAUAUGCUGUAGUAUACAUUGGAUAUACAUUUGGAUACACUAUUAAUUAUAAAAUAUAUAAUAAAUAUUUCACUUUGUAAAAUAAAUUACUCUUUUUAAAACAACAACAACAAAAAAUAGUGUGUGUAAAUAAACAGAACGGAGAAACCUACACUAAUAAUUCGUAUAUAAAUAUAUAAAUAAUCGACAUAUAAGUAAACAUGAAGUAGAGAUGAACGAUGAUUAUGGGAGUGUAAAUUUACAUUUAUAAGUUUAAAGCAAAAAAAAAAAAUAUUAAAAAAUCUAAUACCUAAAAAAUCUAGGAGGUAAGUUGUUUAAAAGUAAAAUUUUAUAUAAAAAAAGAAAAAGAAAAUAAAUUUUUUGGAUAAAAAUGAAAUAGAAGAGAACUAGGGAAAAGGGAGUCAGACAUAGAAGAAGCAUAUAUAUAUUAUAAUAUAGAUCGAUGAUUAUAUAGUGGACGACGAUUGAUUUUGUUUUUGCCAAAUUUGAAGGACUUUUCACAUUUAAAAAUUAAGUUAAGUUUCCCCCCUACCCAAUACUUUUUUUUAUCCUUCUCUUUUUCAAAUUACUUUGUACGUUGUACAUACCGAGUAUAAACAUUUUUUUAGUAUUAAUCAUUAAAAAAUAUAAAUUUAAAAAAAAAAACAAAAAUAAAAAUUUAAAAUUAAAAAGUUUUAUUUUGGAAAUGAUUUUUGUUUUUUGUUUCUUCACAUCCAAUCAGAAAAACGAAAAAUAGUGUUUGCACCCUUGGGACUAAAUAUAUCGAUAAAACAGCAAAGAAGAAAAUUUUGUUUAUAACAACAAAUAUUUUUUUAUAUAUCAAUCCGUUUUACAGCGAUAUGCGUAAUAGUUCC